UGCUGAUGACACUUCUUUAAUUUUUAAAACUGACAGGCGUCAGGAAAUAUUUGACGACGUGAAUAAUGCUCUUUCCAAAGUAUUAGACUGGUUUACAACUAAUAAUUUGCUAUUAAACGCAAAAAAAACUAAAUGUUUAAAAUUCACUAUGCCUAAUGUCAAACAAGUUAAUACUAAUAUUACAGUAAAUAAUGAACGCAUUGAACUGAUAAACUCUACUGUCUUUCUAGGUAUUACCCUAGACUGUAAAUUACAAUGGGGCCUCCAUAUUGCUGCCUUGGCGGGAAGACUUAGUUCAGCUGCCUUUGCGGUGAGAAAGAUCAGAAACUUGACUGAUGUUGAAACAGCAAGGCUAGUAUAUUUUAGUUAUUUUCAUAGUAUUAUGUCUUAUGGUCUUUUACUGUGGGGCUCAGCAGCAGACAUAGAAUCAAUUUUCAUUUUACAGAAAAGAGCUGUUCGGGCAAUAUACGGUCUUAAACCACGUGACUCGCUUAGAGAAGUUUUUAAAGAAAUCAAUAUAUUGACUGUGGCUUCGCAAUACAUAUUUGAUAACAUUAUGUAUGUCCGUAAACAUAUACAUUUAUUUACUAAGAAAAGUGACGUCCACUCAUUUAACACGAGACAUAAGAAUAAACUUGCUGUUCCAUCAUUCAGGUUGCAUAAGAUAGGUAAUUCAUUCUUGGGGAAAUGUAUUACCAUAUUUAACAAAAUACCACACAACCUUGUCGAAUUGCCAAUAAACAAAUUUAAGAUACAUAUAAAAAAUACCCUUAUGUCCAAAGGGUACUACAAGGUUCGAGACUAUAUUGAUGACAAGGAUGCGUGGUCAGUUCAGUCUGCACAUAUUUGAUAGAAGAGGGAGUCGAACUUUGGAAAGAUCUCUUAGCUAUUCCGAAGCUAUUGGAAACAGAGCUGACACUCCCCCCAUUGAAAUCCCAACCCUGGACAACACAGAUGUGUACUUCAACGAGGAACUAAAGAAGCAGUACAGGAUCUCCCAAACUUACGUCGAAGGCAAGGAAAUAUCCUUCCCACCAAUUCUGACAAAUAUUGACACGAAUGACCCAGUGCCAUCAAGUGGAGAUGGAUUGCAAACAGACUCACAGUAUUCUAGUGAAGAUGAGCAGACUGGAUGCAUUAUGAUGACCAUAGAUGUGGAGCCUGACAGUCCGAAGACAUCAGAAUCUACAAGACAUUAUUCGAAUGCUACUACUCAACCGGUCAACAGUUUUCAGAGUCCUAGUGAUUUUUAUGAUAAGAUAGAGCGCGAUAUUGGAAAUGACAAUGAUAUGUAUAGCACCAUAGGCACGACGGACACUACUGGACCUUCAGCGUAUACGUAUUCGGCUCCAUACACGAAGAGGUCAAAGAAAGGUACUAGGCAUAGACGCAAGCGCGGCCGGCCGGUGCGCUCGCGACGCGUGGUCCACAAGAACGGCGACGAGAACGUGCCCGUGCGCAGCAAUAUACCCGCCAAGUCCAUCAAGUAUAUGAGGGAUAUUGUCAACACAGUCAUCAACAGCAAAUGGCGGUUCCUGCUCCUCAUGAUGGUGCUCCUGCACUUUGUAUUCUGGUUCACGUUCGCCGGCAUCUGGUACGCGGUGGCCAACUCGUACCAGGAGGAUAUCGGUGACGGCAAGGAACACUGCGUGACCGGGACUUCGUCCUUUGCGGGGCUCUUGAUGAUGUCCGUGGAGACACAGAUGACCAUCGGCUAUGGUGUCAGAUUUCCCAAUGAAGAAUGUCCUGAAGCUAUAAUAGUAAUGGUUCUAGAGAUAGUAGCCGGGACAGCUCUCUCGGGCGGUCUAGUCAGUUUACUGUACACAAAGCUGGUGCGGCCAAACAGACACGUCUCAUCGGUUGGGUUCAGCAAGAAAGCAACGGUAUGCCUCCGUGACGGUGAGCUCUGCCUUCAGUUCCGGGUGUGGGACCUCCUAAACCUGCACAUCAUCAGCAGUUCCAUCACCGCGUAUAUACUGAAGCCCAUUCGGACCUUGGAAGGCGAGCUGGUGCACAACUACAUCCACCAGCUGAAGCUGAAGAACGCCACCGCGUUCUUACUGUGGCCCAUCACCGUGGUUCACGUCAUUGACGCAGACAGCCCCCUGUACGAGUUCUCGGCUGAGGAUAUGAUGGACUACAGAUUCGAGAUAGUGGUGUGCCUAACUGGAUCUUCGAAGAACAUGGGCACAGUCACGCAGAGCAGAACGUCCUACUUGUCCAAAGAAAUCAUUUGGGGAUACAGAUUCAAGAAUGUAUUAACAUACUCAAAAAAGAAAGAAUCCUACAUCAUCAACGUGGACGAACUAGACACUGUAGAACAAGUCCCGACGCCUCUCUGCAGCGCCAGCCGGCUCAAAUGCUUCGAAGAGGACAUCAAGUCUUCCGACCAGGUUGUCUCUACCCCUACUUACUUGUCCCCUUCCCCUACUUACAUGUCCCCUACCCCUACUGAACUGUAUAAUGAAGACUCCUCUCAGCCUACCGAGUCGAUACCGUCGACUCCGAGUUUCAGCAGAAAUGGGACUCAGAGAAGUUUUGGAUGGAACUUCAAGAAGUAUCCCACAACAGUUGUGCAAGGCAACGAUGUGACGAGCCACUUUUGACUUCGUAUGUAGAGACAAACUAUAAGAAAUGAAAUAUGUUUUAUUUUGCCCGCGGCUUCACCUGCGUGAAAUUUCGUUUGUCACAGAUCGUCAUAAAUUAUAGCCUAUAUGUUAUUCUGGGUUAUAAACAAUAAUACUGUAAAGUUUCA